AUGGGUAAAAAUCAUAGACAUCAGAAGAAUUUAAAGUCCGAAAGGGCAAAGGUGAAGUUGAAAACAAAAAAAGGGAAAACCCUCCCCAAAGGGCAAAAUAUCACAGACACGAGUUUCAAAGUGAAGAAGAUAGUCAUAAGGGAACAGUUAAAGUCUCACGAGUUGAGUGAGAUUGUCAGUCGUCGUAAGUUGAACGUCAAGGAGUUGCUGAGCCGUCUUCAGCACCACAACUCAACAGUCCGCCAGGAUGCCAUCAGGGAGAUGAAGGAUAUCCUUCAAAACUACCCACUGGAGCUCCUCAGCUGUCACCUGAACGCCCUCCUCCAGGGUGUCUCCUCUCUGGCGCUCGACAAGGAGAGAGACAUUCGAAGGGACACCCUGAGGGUCCUUUCCCUUCUCUUGUCGCCCCUCUCCACGGAACAGCUCUCCCCGUUCUCUGAGAUCCUCGUCUCCUACCUCAGGUGUGCAAUGACACACAUCAAUCCGUCGAUUAAGGAGGACUCCCUCGCCUUCCUCGACGUUCUCGUCAACUCCUGUCCCUCUCUCGUAUCCAAAAAUGCCCGGAAAAUUCUCCCAAAUUUUCUCGACAUGAUUUCCAAUCAUAAUCAGGCAUCCACGGCAUCCCGACGACUCACAACGACGCUCAGCUCCAAAAAUACCGCCAUCAAGUGGAGAAUCAAAGUUCUCGAGCGUCUCUCAAGCAUCUUCAACUCGAUCAUCAGUGACCUCAAGCUUCAGAGAAAUUUAAAGAGAAAUUCAGAAGUCAAAAAAAUUAUUGUUGACAGCGACAACAACUGCCUCACUUCCCUCUGGGGAAAUAACCUCGAUAUUUGUUGUCUUGGGGGCGAUGAUGAGGAGGGUGUGCUGGGUGAGGGAUUCAGUGAAGAUGAUUUUAAAAAUUACGUCAAGGUCCUCGUACCUCUGAUGAUGGACAGCUGGGUGGAGGUCAGGCCUAAGGACAUGGAAGAAGAUGGAGGCAGUCUGUUAUCACAGGAGGCCGUGGAAACUCUCAGAGUUGUCGUGAAAAUUUUUAUCAAUUUUUUGGACAUUCUGGAAGUUCUUGAGGGUGUGGAGCUAGGGGAAUGGUUCCGGGGUGAAGUUUCAGAAGGAUUUACCAAGUUUUUUCUUGCGGGGUUCCCGUAUGGAGUGAUUAGGCGAGCGGAGAGGGCACGUAAGCGACAAGGAGACUUCGGAGAGGGAGACGAGGUCGGGAUGGUCCAGGAGAAUUUUGGCAUUGGAGUGGUUCUUGCCGGAGUUCUCGGAAGGGGAACACUUGGCGAAUUAGAGAGGGAGGGGUUGGAGAGGACUAUUCAGUAUGUUUGUGAGCGAUUGAGAACGUGGAGCAGUAAUGACGCAGCUGCUUUGCCCAUUUUAUCCAAUUUCUUAAGGAUUUUAUUUCUGAAGGCCAGUGAAAAUUUGUACCGGAAUGGCGUCAACCUUGGAAAUAUUCUCCGGGGGACUAUCUCCACCGCCUGCAGGCAGCCAAAACGAGAAUUACAAAGCCAAUUGUUUGUCAUUCUUGGAGAAAUUGUCCUGGAUCAUCGCUUGAACCAACUCCAAAGGGAAUCUUCAUUCAGAAAUUUCGUCAAAACUCUGCCAGAUUUACUAUUGAAUGAAAGCAUUCAUGACAAUACGAUACAGAUGUUGAAUCGAGCUGUUCUGCAGCAUGGAACUUGGAUUCGUGGAGAAUUAGCCAAGAAGCAGGACCAAAUCAUCGAAAACGCAAAGAGAAUCGAGAUUAUUGGAUCUCACGACGACAAAGGAUCCAGACUGAUGAUUUGCAAUUUAUUACACUUCUUGGACGGCCAGAUAUAUUUCUAAUAAAUUCCCGAUGCUAUCCACCACUGUCAGGAAUAUGUAAAUAAUUAUUUCUGAUUAUAUUUUGUACAGCCUAAUUUUUCUUGAA